GGCUGGCGUUCCGGGAGCGCAGGUUCUGCCGCUCGGCUGCGGGUCCUGCCGGCGGGCUCCGGGGCCCCGGCUCCGCGGGGCUAUCAUGCUCAGCGUCGUGCAUUUCCUCCGGAGCUUCUUCAAGCCUCCAGAGCCAGGUGCACACCCACCCGGUGAAGACAAGAUUGAAGAUAAGCAGCUCCCCACUUCACCUGCAGAACCAGAGCAACAGGGAUGGAGUCAAGAAACAGACCAUGAUGAUUUUGAGACAUUGUCCCACCAGAGCGAAAGUCAAUCAGACACAAAAACCGACUCCUUUGAAAGUGCUUCCGACACAGAGUCCCUGCCUGGUGGCUUCACAGGGGGAACCUGCCUUCCUCUAAGUGGUACCUCUGUGGACAGAGAAGGACACUGGGGAUGCCCUGACAUACCAGCAACCAGAGCUCCUCAGGAGCAGCAUUCAACUAAUGUCCCUGAGCUUGACUCAAAAGAGGAACUAGAUUUGUCCCCUGGCUUCAAGGAAGAGUCUUAUGAAACUGGGUUCCAAACCUUUGCUGCAGUUGCUGGAGAAGAGAAGACAGAACACUUCCAGGACAGCAGUGUGGCCAGCCUGGAGCAAGAGUCUUUUCUGGCAGGGUCUCCUCACCACACAGAGGGCUGCUCACAGGGCACCACAGGCAGCUACAGUCUCCAGCCAGCAAAGGCAACUGCACAAGUCCUCGGGGGGUUCUCUAUUUCUUCUCUUCAGAAAUCCAGGUCUGAGAGUUGUCUGGACAUCCCAGUGGUCUGGCCCUUCCUUCUCUGGUGCUGUGAACUGGGCCAGAGCUGGCCACAUAUCCACAGCAGGGCCAGGGGACCAGGGCUACCUUUCAAAGGCCCUGAGCACAGCACAGGCCCUGUGGAAGCCAGAACAAAAAAGGGAAGUACUCUAGGCCCUGAAGAGUACACAGACUUGCUCUGCUUCCAGCCCUGCUCUGAUGCCCCUUGCCAGCUUCCUUUAGGGACAUCUUGCCUCCUUCAUGCCAAGCUUCACCACAGUGCCCCCGAAAAUAUUAAUGACGAGGACAGAACAUCCACAGAGCACUGCUGUCAACACAUGAGGACACUGACUAGGGCCCACUCCAUAGCAGUGUUUCCCUUAAGAUACCCUGAGAAUCCUCCAGGGCAGAAUUUUGUGAAAUUUGGGACUCAUUUGAAGGAAGGGACUGAAGCAGAACGAGACCCAAGAACACGAAACCCUCUCCACCCUGUCUUCACCCGACUGUCUCCUUUACUUCCUGCUUCCCAGAGGAGGGCCCCUUAUUUGCAGGAUCAGUAUAAACCCAGUGCUCUUAGCUGGAAAAGGGCCUUUCAGGACACACCCUGUGAACAUCUCUGGCUGGAAAACCAGUUGGGACAGGAUUCUAGAUCCUGCCCAGUCUCUUCAUGCCUUACUGCGGACUCCGUGAGUUUUAGCACAGAGGAAGUGCCAGUGCCCACAGAGUGCAAGUCGGAACAUAGCCCAGAAAACCUACAAGAGGAACCCCAAGGCACUGGCCCUGCACCAAACGAUGCUGAUGUGAGUGACAGACAAAAGCACCUUCAGGACAUUUCUGUUGAGGCAGGAAACCAAACCAGUAAUUACGGAUCAAAGUACAUUCUCAGUGAGAAAAGAAAGCCACCUGUUAGGGCCAAGUUCCCACAUCAUUCCAGCAAUAGCGGGACACAGGUGUGGAACAGAGACUGGAUGGGUUGCUGCAAAGUGAGUGAUUGUUCAGAUACUCCAGAGACCACCCUGAAAUCAAGUGCAACAGACACCUCAAAGGAGCUGGAAGAUGUGAUGGUUCUAGACCCCCAAGGCACCAAAAGUGCCUUGCCGGAAUUUUCAGAAACCAGAGCAGCCCCUGUGUCUCAUUGCAGUGGUGGGGAUGAGUGCGACCAGGGGCUGGAGGGUGGUGCCCGGCCCUCUCUUGAGGGCCUGAAGCUAGGGCCCAAGGUGGAAACAUCUAGGGGCAGGUGCACACUCAUCAUUGUAGCUGUUGAGCAGAAAGGUCUGCAGGCCACCAGGAGGAAAACAGGUCCUCUUCCAGAAACACUGUCCGAAUUUCUGGAGGAAAAACGAGGAUCUCCCUGCGGUGCUGGGACGACCUCCUGGGAGUCUCCCAGGGCUGGGAAACCACAAACUUGCGGCAGUGAGUGUGAGCUGCCGGAGGCCAGCAGACUGGCAGACGACGAUGGGACUCUUCAGAAGGGGGCCCACGACGCAGAGCUUGCGAUAGUUCUGGUCCCCGAAGCUGCCUCGGAAGAGAGGCCCCGGGACAAAGACACUUGUUCCCAGGAGCCUGCCCAGGCCCGGCUGAGCAGGGGUGAGGCUGCUGAAGAGAAACCGCCUGGGGCAAGGUGGAUCCCCGGUUUUGGGACACACAGGGCACAGGCUGCUAGGCCUCCCGCCCCCGGGCCUGAAGAUGCUCACGGGGCCCAGGGCCUUCACCCCGAGACGGGGAGCCUGGCGGGUGGGACGGAGGCAGCGCAGAUGGGUUCGGAAGCCCCAGCCUCUGCCUGCGCCCACGCGCCCCCGCCGCCGCCGCCGCCGCAGGGCCAGCCCCGCCGCCCCUGCAAGGCCUUGCAGGAGCCCGGGAAGCGCCGGACAGUUCCCAGAGUGACCUCCCUCAGGAAAGGCAGGUCCGCUUCCGACAGCCCAGGAGUGGAGCCCGGCGCGCAGGGACCCGGGCGUCUGCAGCCCACUCGCCCCGCUCCACCCGGUGCCUCCGCCCCGACCGCGGGUUCUUCGGGCCUUGAGGAACUGCGUGCAGACGGUCGGGGCCCUGCGGCCUAUUGGCCGCUCCAAGUGGGCGCGGGCGCAACUCUGAAGACCAUUUCCCGGGGCGCAGGUGGGGAAGCUGCAGGGCUAAGGAAAGGGGACCAUGUGGCAACACCAGAGGACCUGGGCAGCAGGACACCGUCCUCAGAAAGGGCUGAUGCCAAGAGACUCAAAACUCCAGAGAAAAGGCUCAGGGCAAGGCUGGCCUUAGCUCAUAAGACCUUUGCAAAUUUUUUUGAGUCAAAGGUUUUAGAAAAAGAGAACACUGAUGAAUGUUGUCCAGGUGCCCUCAAGGGCCGGAAGGAGAAGAGCAGGCCGCGCCAGAGUUCCUGGCGUGCAUUUCUGAAAAACAAAGAUGUAGAAGCCCCCAAAAGGCCCGCCGUAGUGAGUCUGGUUCCAGGACCGGAAAUCUUGAAUCUCCUCAGACCCUCUCCCCCAGGGACCAAUAGUCACUGUCAGGAGCAGGCAGAAGACAAGGAAAGUUGUGUGUUUGGAGAUCACUGGCCACCCCCACAUGCUCCCACACCUUUGUCAUCCAGCAAUUUGGUCUCUCCAGAUAACAGGAGAAAAAGUGAACCAACCAUCAAAUGCACAAGCCCCCAGGAAAGUGGUAGGUACCUAACUUCAGGUAUCUUUCCUGAGAAGUCCUGGCUGAUGUCACCCACCAGCCCUUGUGCCCAGCAGACUGGGAUCAGCCGCACCCUUCCAUCCAGCUCUGCCUGUUGCUUGGCAUAUGGGAGCCAAGGCAUGCCCAGCAAACCCAUGAGUCCCAAGCCCCGAAACCCCAGGCCUGGUGCUCAUCGGGCAGAUUUCCGCUACCCAGGCAGGAGCAGUGCUGUCUCCAUGGUUUCCCUUGGAAGCUACAUGGAUGUGGAUAACAGCUCAGAGGCUUCUGAAAGGCCCAGGACCCCCAAGGCCCCAGCAAGCCUCCUACUUUCUCUGCAAACACUAGACCAGGAUGACCAGAAGGAAGAGAGCAGGAAAAGAGGCUGGCAUCACCAUGGCCUGAGCACAGCACCCUCACUCAUGGACCUUCCUGGGACUGAGAACUAUAUGCGGUGGGAAGAACAACAAGGCAAGAAGCCCAAUUGCUCCCACAGUCAGAAAGCUUUUCACAUUGAGCCAACACAGAGGCCAUUCUCUACCACUGAGAUGGUGGCAUGGACCCUCCCCUCCGUCUCUGCAGAGGAUAUCCCCAGGGAGACUCCUUCACAACCUAGGAGCAUCAUCCCUCGGCACUCACGCAUCAGUUUAGAUGACCUGUGGCUGGAGAAGAUGCAGAGGAGGAGGUUUAAGAAGCAGGUCCAGGUUGAAAGGAAGAUGCACCCAGAGAUAGCACAUAAAGAUGGAGUCCAAUGUUGGAGGAAGAUGACUGUGACCUCUCCAGAGUCGUUGAGUCUCGCUAGAAGAAACCAUCCAUUCUCCCAGAGUGCCCCAACAGGACUGAACUGCAUGGGCUGGCCAGAGUACCUACCAGACACUGCUCCUCUUUGCCAGCUGGUGUCUCUCCUUCCAGCUAUCCCUGAUGGAGUUCUGGACCCGGCCAUCCGUGCUGACGAGGCAGGGAGUGAGGAGGACCUGUAUGAGGACCUGCACAGCUCCAGCCAGCACUACAGCCACCCUGGAGGGGGUGGUGAGCAGCUGGCCAUCAAUGAGCUCAUCAGUGAUGGCAGUGUGGUCUGUGCUGAAGCACUCUGGGACCAUGUCACCAUGGAUGACCAGGAACUGGGCUUCAAAGCUGGGGAUGUCAUCGAAGUAAUGGAUGCCACCAACAGAGAGUGGUGGUGGGGUCGUGUUGCUGAUGGCGAGGGGUGGUUUCCAGCCAGCUUCGUGCGGCUGCGGGUGAACCAGGACGAGCCCGCCGACGAUGACACAUUGCGGGCCGGGGACAGCGGGGCCGAGGAUGGAAGUGCCGAGGGGCAGAGCAGCAAGGACCAGAUGCGGACCAACGUCAUCAAUGAGAUCCUCAGCACUGAGCGGGACUACAUCAAGCAUCUGCGGGACAUCUGCGAGGGCUACAUCAGGCAGUGUCGCAAGCGUGCUGACAUGUUCAGCGAGGAACAGCUGCACACCAUCUUUGGGAACAUCGAGGACAUCUACCGGUGCCAGAAGGCGUUCGUGAAGGCGCUAGAGCAGAAGUUCAACAGGGAGCGCCCCCACCUGAGCGAGCUGGGCGCCUGCUUCCUGGAGCACCAAGCGGACUUCCAGAUCUACUCGGAGUACUGCAACAACCACCCCAAUGCCUGUGUGGAGCUCUCCAGGCUUACCAAGCUCAGCAAGUAUGUGUACUUCUUUGAGGCCUGCCGGUUACUACAGAAGAUGAUAGAUAUCUCCCUGGACGGCUUUCUGCUGACACCGGUACAGAAGAUCUGCAAGUACCCUCUGCAGCUGGCUGAGCUGCUCAAGUACACACCCCCCCAGCACAGGGACUUCAAGGAUGUGGAGGCAGCCUUACAUGCCAUGAAGAAUGUGGCCCAGCUCAUCAACGAACGGAAACGGAGGCUUGAAAACAUUGACAAGAUUGCUCAGUGGCAGAGCUCCAUAGAGGAUUGGGAGGGGGAAGAUCUCCUGGUCAGGAGUUCGGAACUCAUCUACUCGGGGGAGCUGACCCGUGUUACACAACCACAAGCCAAGAGCCAGCAGAGGAUGUUUUUCCUCUUUGACCACCAGCUCAUCUACUGCAAGAAGGACCUUCUCCGCCGGGAUGUGCUGUACUAUAAGGGCCGAGUGGACAUGGAUGGCCUGGAGGUGGUGGACCUGGAGGACGGGAAAGAUCGAGACCUCCACGUGAGUGUCAAGAAUGCUUUCCGUCUGCUCUGCGGCACCACGGGAGAGAGUCACCUGCUGUGUGCCAGGAAGCCUGAGCAAAAACAACGCUGGCUCAAGGCCUUCGCCAGGGAGAGGGAGCAGGUGCGGCUGGACCAGGAGACAGGCUUCUCCAUCACCGAGCUGCAGAGGAAGCAGGCCAUGCUGAAUGCCAGCAAGCAGCAGGCCACUGGGAAGCCCAAAGCCCUCAGCCGGCCCUACUACCUGGCACGCCAGAAGCACCCGGCACUGCCGGCCAGCCUGCCCCAGCAACAGGUUUUGGUACUGGCAGAGCCCAAGAGGAAGCCAUCCACCUUCUGGCACAGCAUUAGCCGGCUAGCACCAUUCCGCAAGUGAGCCAGCCCCCACCCGACAGCACUGUAUGGACCUGUCCCUCCAGUGGGCCUCCAGCUUUUUCUCCCUGAGGCCCACAGCAUGUGGCCUCCUCUGCCUGUCAUAUGCACUGGAAGUUACAGGCUGAGGGAGGGAACUGCUCGGCACCCCAUUCUUCGUUUCUUCCCCACCACUGGUGCACUGAAGACACCAGCUGGAGGGGCAGGGGCCCACAGCGGUGAGCCUUCCGCCACCCUCUGGACCUCUAUGGGGCCUCCUGGGAGCCACAGCUCAGAGCCACCGGCCAGGCCAACACGCGUGAGAGGACUGGCCACUCUGGACCCUCUUCUCUGGACAUCUUAUUACCCUUCCUCCUGCUGUCUCUGGGCAGACUGCCUUCAGCCCCUGCAAAGUUGGGCUGUGUGCCCCUCUGCCCUCCUUCAGGCCGCUGGUCCCCAGCUGGUGGUGCCAGGCAACUUGCAUCCCUGGAGGGUGGGAACCAGAAUUCUGUGCACAAAAAUGUCGGGCCCAGAGCCCACCUCUUUUGCCUCCCAGUCCCUCUCUAGACACUCCUGGCUGCUGAACACCCUCUUCACUUGUGAUGUGUUUGUAGUGGAAAGAAAACAAAACCAUAGUCACUGCAUACUUCUGUCAGGGUUUGUGACCAGUCCACGUGUAGUUGUGGGUUGACUCCAGAAUCUGCUCCCAGUUUGUCUGGAUUGUUCUGUUUUUCUAACAUUGGGGAAAAAUAAUUGUUAUUAGUGACACAGAAAGAUUGCCUUACCCUAAGUGAGUGUGAGAAGCCAUAAGGACUGAAUUCUGUGGCCCAGCAUCCAGGACUGACCCACUAACCCAGAGUCCAGUGAGCAUGUGAGUUAAGAGGGAAGCCCAUGUCCUGCCGAGAAGGGUCACAAGUACAGCCAGGACCUGGCUUGUGGGUGCGGGAACACUGAGCUGCCCCUCUGGCUUAAGGGAAUUCAGCAGCAUGUACAGUCAGUCACUCUUGCACUAUACCUUCUCCAAGCCAGAAGCCACAUUUAAUUUCAUAAAGAAACAUGAAAAAUAA